AUGGUUGAGGAGUGGGUCCUGUUGAAGGUCUCACCCAUGAAGGGUGUGAUGAGGUUUGGAAAGGAGGGCAAGCUCAGUCCUAGGUUCAUUGGUCCAUUUGAGAUUCUUGAUCAUGUGGGGGAGGUAGCCUAUGAGUUGUCUUUACCUCCAGUUUUAUCGGGUGUUCACCUGGUGUUUCAUGUGUCUAUGCUGAAGAAAUAUCAUUCGGAUGGUUCUUACAUCAUUCGUUGGGAUUCGGUCUUGCUUGAUGAGAACUUGUCUUAUGAGGAGGAGCCUAUUUCCAUUUUAGAUAGAGAGGUUCGAAAGUUGAGGUCAAAGGAAAUAGCUUCAGUGAAGAUCCAGUGGAAGCAUCGCCCAGUCGAGGAGGUUACUUGGGAGACCGAGUCUGAUAUGCGUAGUAGAUAUCCCCAGCUUUUCACCAAGUCAGGUACCCUCCCACUGGUUUCCUUCCUUGUCUGUUCGAGGACGAACGGUUAUUUAAUUGGUAUCUGA